AUGAAAUUGCUUCGGUUACUUUUGCUGUUUGUGGGCUUUAUUUGCCUAAGUCGCAGUCAGGACGAAAAUGAGAAUAUCAGAAGGAUAAUGAAGGAAAUGGAGGUGAUUCCUGAAAUUUUAGAUGAACCUCCUGGCGAAUUACUCAGGAUUAAAUAUGAAAAUACCUUUGACAUUGAGGAGGGCAAUUUUUAUGCCCCAAAAGAACUUAAGUUCCAGCCCAGACUCGAUUGGAAUGCAAAUACUGAGACCUUUUACUCUGUGGUUAUGAUUUGUCCCGAUGCUCCGAAUCGUGAGAAUCCCAUGUACCGAUCUUGGCUUCAUUGGCUGGUGGUUAAUGUUCCCGGCUUGGAUGUAAUGAAGGGUCAACCCAUAUCCGAUUACUUUGGUCCUCUGCCGCCAAAAGAUAGUGGCGUUCAGCGGUAUCUUGUUCUGGUCUAUCAGCAAUCGGAUAAACUAGAUUUUGAUGAGAAGAAAAUAGAGCUAAGUAAUGCCGAUGGUCAUAGCAAUUUCGAUGUGAUGAAAUUCGCUCAGAAAUACGAACUGGGAACUCCAGUGGCUGGGAAUAUAUUCCUAUCCAGGUGGGAUGACUAUGUUCCGGAAUUGAUGAAGACACUCUAUGGCAUAAAUGAGUAAAGUUGGUAUUCAGGUUCCUUGGUUGGGUUUCCAAGUUUUUGUUUCCUUUUUAUUGUUAAUAAAGUUAUGUAAUUAGUUAUGAGCAUUCCAA